UCUGCUUUCUGGACAUUGAUCGUCAUGUCACUGUUCGUAAAAAUCAAACCGUUAUGAUCCGUUUCCCCGCUGGCGUUUGCAUUUCGAAGUGCAGUUUGUGUGUUUAUAAACGAUAAGGAAAACGAUUGGCUUAUCCGCGAUAUGAAUUUGCAUGAACGAGUCAUAGUCGGAGCGAGGAGCCUAAUCAACAGCCUUCUCUCCCUACUACGAUAUAUAAAAUAGCGACGCUUCACAACCUAAUGACAGUUAAUGCUAGAACACAUACGCGAACGAACGGAAGUAAAAAUUAAAUGCACGUCUUUAUAUCGAAGAGAUAAAGCGCAAACUCGGCUGAGUAAAGAUAAGACUAUUUUUUUUAAAAAAAGAUUAGUGCAAACAAAGAUAUUUACGCGUACAAUAACGUUAAAGCUGCACAAAGCUGAUCACACAUUUUGUAACAAGCGCUGAAAAAUUACUUAUUUAAAAGUGUUCUUUAAUAAAUCUGUAAUUUUCUUAUUAAAAUGUGGAAGAAGCCAUGUGGAAAGAGAAAGUUACGUAGUAAAAAGUGUUAGACGCGAAACUUCGAAAGAGAGUUGAUUUAAAAUCAUUAUUAAACUACGAUCGAAACUUAAGAGCCCCGAGAUAUACGAGAUUGGCGACUAAGCAAUCCAAUCUAUAUAAAAGAAGACUUAACCCCAGCUUCCAAGAAAUUCUACGUAGUAAAUACAAUGAAAACGCAUACAUCACUCGACUUGCUUCCUGUUAAAAAUCUGGACGCGCUGUUGAUGCAAACGUAUGGCCCCAAUUUUCGAAUACACGACGUGGAAUGGAAGCAUCUAACAGAUCCGGGAGAAAACUUUGGUAGCAUCAUAUUGGCUGUCAAUAUCAGCGCGGAACAGAAUGACAAGAAAAGAACUUUAAACGUGGUUGUCAAACUACCACCGAAAUCGGCGUACUUGCUAGAUUUGUUCGACAGCCCGCUGACGUUCAAGAAGGAAUUGGAAUUUUAUAGCAAAAUAGCACCAGAAUUUUUGAAAUUACAAAACGAAAGCGGGAUCCCCCGGGAAGCCAUGAGCGUCAUCGUGCCGCAAUUUUUAGGCGGCAGAUUAGGAUUGCAAGACCCGCAGCGUUUCGACGAGCAGGCAGCCAUCGUCUUAGAAAAUCUGAAGAAUCACAAUUAUACAACGCAAGACCGCAUUUUAGGUCUGGACAAGAUACACAUGGAUUUUGCGAUCAGCCAUUUAGCCAAGCUACACGCCAUAACGAUCGGCCUGAAGCUCAAGAAACCCGAGUUCUUCAAGAAAACGAUGCUACCCAUGUUAGAAUUCAACAUAAACGACGCCGCAAAGAAAGGGACCCUGGAUAUGGUACAGAAGGCGCAUAACGAUUACAAAAAUAUAAAAGAAGCGGAAGCUUAUCUGGACAGAAUCGAGAAGACAAUCAAAUACGGAUUUACAUGCAACGAGGCGCCGAAAGAACCGUGGGCGACACUGGUGCAUCACGAUUUCUGGGUGAAUAAUAUGAUGUUCAAAUACGACGAGUCGGGCAAGCUGAUCAAUAUGAAAAUUGUGGACUUCCAAUUGACCAUCUACAACUAUGGUGUCAACGAUCUCAUAUUUUUCCUCAUAUCGAGCGCCCGGAAGGAGGUGCUCGACAAUCAUCUCGACGACAUGAUUGACUUUUAUUAUGACUCUUUCAUCGAGAGCUUAAAAUCGCUAUGUAUAGAUACAAACGCGUUUCCCAAGAGCCAAUUUAUGGAGCAAUUGAAUAUGGAGCAAUUGAAUCAAUGCGCGCCCAUCAAAUUUAAUCAGUGCAUAAUGAUGGUGCAAGUGAUACAAGCGGCCCGUGGUUCCGUUUCACAAACGGAGACCGAAACGGCGGAGAACUGCGUUUUCGCAGGUGGGAUCGACGAUAAUAAUUAUAAACAAAAAUUGUUGCACGUUUUAUCUACGUUCAAUCGAAAGGGAUGGCUCAUCAAUUGAUUAAAUGUGAAAUUUUAUUCGUAAAAUUAUUCCUCUUUAAGAAAAAAUCUUAUUUUUUUAAUACAAAAAUAAAUUAAGAAAAAGAAAAUACAUUGACAGGUAGAUAGAUGAAAUGCGUUUAAAUUAUAUGAUAAAAGCUUUCAAAUAAUAUUAGGUGGUAAGACAAUAUUAGAUAAUAUUACAGGACCAAAGCUAACAAGAAUGAUUGAUUUUAUUCAGUCAAGAAUCAAGGCUAUUUAAUAAUAAAAAUAUUAACACAAAUAAUGCAAUUUACGUCAUGACACUAAAAAUGCGAUUGAUAUUCUUAAUGAUACUUUUAAAAUACUUAUAACACAUUUAAAUGCGCAUUUUUAAAGACGUAUCGUAAAGAUAUAGUCGUUGUGUAAAUAGUAUACAUGAUGCACGUAAGGUUUAUAUUAUAGCCCCAAUUUUAUUUUUUUUAAUGGAAAAUAUUAUCACACUUUUUAUAUAUUUAUCACACAUUCAAAAACCUUUGUAUUAUUGAUAAUAAUAAAUUCACGUUUCACUCACGAAACAAAGAAAAAUAGAAAAAGAUAUAGAAUAAAAAAAUAAAUAACAUUUGUGUAAAUAUUGUAAAUUAUAACGUAGAGCUUUAUGACAAUGUAUACAUGACUACUAAUAAAUAAAAUUUAGAAUAUGUACAAUGAAACA